AUGGAAGAGGAGAAGGUGCCCAAGCCAAAGGCUGCACCGCCACGCAAAGCCUUCGUCUCGGGCCAAAGCCACUCGCAUGGAGACGCUCAUGUGACGUGGGAUGAGGAAACCAUUGCACUUCAUGACAUGGAUCGCGGCACGCGCAUGAAGAUCGAGGAACCCAAUACGCCGUAUCAUUACUAUGUAGAGAGUGAUCAAGUGGGCGCGGUGUCGCCUGCUCGGAGUUUCUCCGGUCAGCCCUCUAUGCAGUGGGAUGAGCUGCAAGCUAAACUACGGGAUGUGGAAAAUACGACGCAAGAUGAAUGGGCAGAGAGUGACGCAGAGAGUUCAAGCUCGGCUUCGAAAGGGUUGAACUUUGCCGCUCGAGACUCGGAGGGGAAGAAGAUUCACAAAGAUCCGUCGUUUGCGGAUAAGCGCAAGAACCACUACAACGAAUUUGAGCGAGUUCGGAACUGGAAGAUGCAACAUGGAGAGGAGGAGGACGACGACGGCAAUGGCGGCGAUCGUGAUGAUGAAGAGGAAGAGAAACGGGUAGCUUAG